AUGUCUUCUGGGCAGAAAUUGCAAGUGCUUGCAAGCUGUACUUGGAAGGUUCUGCUGGAUCUGAUGACGGACCUGGAGCUGCCCACGAGCCUUCAGUUGGUCGUGAUUCCGUUCAGCCCAGCGACUGCCAGGGAUCUUCAGGCCCUUCGCCGUUGCGCCGAAGCGGACAAGGCGGAGAAGGACCUGGAGCGCCUCCUCAAAAUGCCCGUGGAGCCAGAUCUGACACUUCCAGACGGCCGCAACGCGCUUCAGGUCUCAGCUCACUCCGGGAGCACCAACGCUGCACGCCUCUUGCUGGAGGCUCGCGCGAGCAUAGAUAGCAAGGACCCGCGUGGGAUGUCCAUCUUGGGCAUCGCCUGUGAGACGGGUUCCGCCAGUGUUGCCCAGGUUGUCGUAGAAGCAGGCCACUGCUUGGAUGCGGUUAGCCCAACAGGUGACACUCCACUGUCGAUUGCAUGUGGCAAAGGUCACUUAAAUGUAGUGCGCCUUCUCCUUGCGGCCGGGGCGAACAAGAACCGAGCCAACAAUGAGGAGGCGUCGCCCUUGUGGCGCGCUUCUUUCGAGGGCCAGCUGGAGAUUGUGCAGGAGCUUCUGCAUCACAGGGCCAACACUAACCAACAAGACAGAGCAGGCAAGUCGCCCUGUUGGGUUGCUUCCAGCAAUGGCCACCUCGAUGUAUUAAGGUUGCUCCUUGAAGAGCGAGCUGACAUCAAUGCCGUGGAUGCCACAGGCACUUCUCCUGUCUGGUUCGCUGCCCGCCAGGGCUAUCUGGAAAUCGUGAGACAUCUCGCCAACACCAAAGCAUGCCUCAACACAGCCAAUCGAACAGGAGCAACACCACUCUGGAUUGCAGCUUCCCGAGGUCACUUGCGAAUGGUGCAGCUCUUGGUUAUGCUUCGUGCAAACCUGGAUCAGACGCGGCCUCCAACCGACACUUCGCCGUUGUGGGUUGCCUCUGCCAAUGCGCAUCUCCCGAUAGUGCGGCUCCUCGUUGAGGCAGUUGCAGAUGUUUCCAAGGCAGAUCAUAGCGGCACUUCGCCUCAGGAGAUCGCUUCCCUCAAUGGGCAUGUGGAUCUCACACGUUUUUGGAAUGGUCUCCGUACCCGAACAGGGUAG